GCAGUUGUAAAGUGUAUUCCUUGCUGGGUGAAUGUGGCAGACAUUUUGUUUUGUUUAUACAGAAUGCCUUUCGUCAAAUAGCGCCAGUUACUCAGUUUCAGAGCCUAAAUUUGACUGGUCUUGGAAUUAUUUUGUAAUUCGGUUUGUGUGACGUGUGCAUGGAAGAUACACUUUGAAUUAGUAAUUUGAUUUUCUUAGGUAAAGGAUAUAGGACAUAUUACUAGUGCCCAAAUUAAAUUCCGCGAGAUUUUAGGUUUAACCUUGAGGUGGAUUUUUAGCCGUGUAGACUGUGAUUGUCAAUUGUUCCUUGAUAUCCAUUUUGAAUUGAUUUAAUUAACCGAAAAUCGUGGCAGGAUUUACAUUGCGAUGGAAGUAUUUCUAAAACAGAACUCAUUUGAACAAACCCAGUUGAAGUUUUGUUACUGUGAACCGUGCUUUCUUCAUUUGAGGUUAUUUGUAUGUGUUUCCGAGAGAUGCACUGUUUAGAGCAAGAAUGGGUUAUGUAACUUUGGUACUUAAAUAAUUUCAAAUAAUAUUUGCGAUUUGAUUCGUGAUUAAUAUCUGAACAUUUCAACAUUUACUGAUGCUCUGUCCGUAUUUGUGAUACUUCCAGUACAUUCUUUCGUGGAGAGGCCUCCAAGUUUUUUGCCAUGACGAAGUGCGCAUGUUUCUGCGCACACGACGACUUUCGCUCGUCAUUUGUUUCCACAGGCACAGAGCGAACAGAAGGUGUGUGACCCUGGACGCGGGAAGAUGGUGUCUUGCUCGAGGUAUAGCGGCACUGUUCGGCUUGAUGGGAAGACUGCGAUAGUCACGGGUUCGAACACAGGAAUAGGCAAGUUUACUGCCCUCGACUUCGUCAAAAGAGGGGCACGUGUGAUCAUGGCUUGCCGGAGCGUGGAGAAGGCUGAAGCCGCCGCUGAGCAGAUCCGGGGAGCCACUAGGGAUCUGAAAGGAGCCGGGGCCGUGGACGUCGUGAAACUGGACCUGGGCUCGCUGACCUCGGUGAGGCAGUGCGCUGACCAGCUGUUGCGUGCCGAGCAGAGAGUCCACUUGCUCGUGAACAACGCAGGGGUCAUGGCGUGUCCCCAGGGCAAGACAGAGGACGGAUUUGAGACCCAUUUCGGGGUGAACCACUUGGGUCACUUCUUGUUCACCUGCCUCCUCUUGCCCCGGGUCAUCCGGUCUGCACCAGCCAGGAUCGUCACAGUGUCCUCAAAACUACAUGAAAACGGAAAUAUGAAUUUCGAUGAUUUGAAUCUCGAAAAUUCGUACGGUCCUGUGAAAGCUUACAACCAGAGCAAACUAGCCAAUGUUUUAUUCAGCAACGAAUUGGCCAGGAGACUUGAAGGGACGGGUGUGACCACGUAUUCCGUGCACCCAGGGGUAGUUCGGACUGAGCUAGGUAGACAUUUGAACGACACUUAUUUUCGCGGCCUUCGAAGUAUUUUAGGUGGCAUGGGCGCCUUGUUCUUCAAGACCGCUGAAGACGGAGCUCAGACAACGAUCUACUGCUCAUUGGACGAGAAACUUACCAAUAAAACAGGACUUUAUUACAGCGAAUGCAGGGAGAAGGCGGCUUCACGCAGGGCACGUGACCCCGAGGCAGCCAAGAAAUUGUGGGAUUUGAGUGCGAAGAUGGCGGGACUCGGUAAUUGGGACCCAUUCACUGCAGACGACGGAGAAACGCCCAGCUAGACUGCAACCGUUGUCUAACCCUCUGAAACAUCUAUCGAAAUAAUUUUUUUUAAAUAAAUGCCUGAAAUAAAAGUCUACGUGUAUAUAAAACAGUUAUUUUGAUAUUAAAACGUGCGUCCAUGUGCC